CCGCGCGCGCGGCCCCGCCCGCCUUCCCGCCAUCCCCCGCGGAGGGGAAAAGAUGGCGGCCGCCAUGGCGGCGGGGCUGGGCCGCAAGGCCCCGCGGCUCUGCUGGAAGGCUGCGGAGUCCCUGCUCCGUCCCGGAGCGGCUCUGUCCUGUGUGGUUGUCCCGGUGAGGGGCAGGAGGAGGUGUCCGCGGCUGCCCGAAUGGGCCCGAGAGCUGAGCCCUGAGGAGAAGGAGAGGAGGCUCAGAUCCGCGGCGCCCAUCUUCCCCGAUGAGCGCAUAGAGCGCACCUUCUACUUGGCCUGCACGGCUGAAAUCAUGGAUCCCUACGUCCCUCCCGAGGGCGAUGCCCGCCUGACCUCGCUGUCCAGGGAUGGGGUGAAGCAGCAGAUGCAGAAGCUGAGGCAAACAGCGGCCUCCCAGCUGGCCCUGAGGAAGAUCAAGGAUCACGACCCGGAUUUCAGCACCAAAACCUUCCCAGAGAAAGCCCAGGAGAUAUUUAUUGAAGCUCACAAUUCCCUGGCAAACUUCAACAAGCAGAAACUUCACUCCCUGGUGACCGAGCGCUGCUACCCCGACAUGGUCCGUGGGAACAGGUACAAAACCAUCCGCUGGAGGUUUCUGGAGUCCCUGGAGCCGCCCAGGGUGGUUCACGUGCGCUGUGACAGCAUCAUGAACCGGGGCAACCUCUACGCUCAGGUGACAGUGAGGAUGCACAGCCGCCAGAUUUUGGCCAUCUACGACCGCUUUGGGCGGCUCAUGUACGGCGGGGAGGAGAUUCCCAAGGAUGUUCUGGAAUACGUCGUGUUUGAGAGGUACCUGGUGAACCCCCACGGGACGUGGAGGAUGCACGGGAAGAUCAUCCCAGAGUGGGCCCCGCCCAAGGAUCCCAUCCUGAAGACGGUGAUGAUUCCUGGCCCAGCCCUGGAUCCCUCCCAGGAGCACGAAGAAGUGAAGUAGGAAGUUCUGGAAUGGUGGGCAGGGACAGCAAACAGGCCAGCAGGGAGGCCUGGGAAUAUCUCUUGGAUGUGGCUGUGCCUUCCCUGCGAGCCAAGUGGCUUCAGGAAUGGGCUCCAGUCCCUCCCAGUUUAUCCCUCAAGGAGCCAGAGGGGCUUGGGAGGGGGAUCUGGGUGAGCUCUGGGAAGAGCUGGGCUCCGUCCCAGCAGACUCUGGGUGCUGCCAGCUUCCCCCUCGCUGUGUUUCCGUGAGGAUGAGGAGCCUCAGGAGCAUCCACAGGCCACCCUCUGUCCUGGAAUUCCCUUGGGAGAGCCCCUGGGAGCCUGUCCCGACGUUGGGAUGUUUGUCCCCUCCACGGGAGGUGUCACAGACCUGCUGGUCAGUCAUUAAAAUUCCACCAGCGGCAGUUUUGGCACAAUCAGUGUUGGCACAAUCUUUUCCCAUCCUCUCUCCCUCUCUUUGCUGAUUCCCAAACUCCUGGUUGUUUUUUUUUUUUAACAGAAACCAGGAAAACUUUAAAUCGAGUCCUGUGGGAGGGGGGUGCUGCUGUUAGAGUUGCCCAGAGGAGCUGCAGCACCGCUGAUAAUUGGAUUUAAUUGCGUUUUUGGCUCUUCUCAAGGCAGUUUUUCAAGGGCUGGGUUGGUGAUGGUGGUGCUGUCACUGAGGGACUGGCACCAUCCUGUGGACACGGGGACAUCUGCAGCUGGCCCUGCUUUUCCAGGAUGGCUGCCUUGGGAAAACACUUCUUUUUCCAUGGUUGGGAAUAAACCUGUGAGGCUCCUUCUCUAUUCCUGCUCUGCUCAGCCAAUUCCCCUCACUCACUGAGCAAAAUCCUCCCUGGUCACCCCCAAAAAAAACC